AGAAUGAUAACAACCACAGGUGAUAAAAGCUUGGCGCUCUCGUGUAAUGUUAUGGUCGCUCAGCCGUGCUGCCUCUGCUUUUUGAUGUGAACAGUGCUGAAGCUGUGGCGCUGCCUGUCUGUGAUGGCGGACCGGGGUCUGAAGCAGGGCUUGCUGAAGCACACACAGCCUCACAGCGCGGCUUUUCAGCCUUGCUUUUGAUCCACCGCCAGAAAAAAAAAAAAACAGCAGAUCCCCCAGUAAUUUAUGAUCCUUGCUGGGUGACCGGAAUAACUGUCGGCACCGGCCUUUCGUCCUCACAGAGCCCCCCUCUUCACCCGAGCCGUCACCCUGUCGUGGGGAGAUUGAUCGCGAUCCAGACAGCGCGGACCGCAUGAUCCGCAUCUUCGGGAAGUCUGAAUGGACAGCAGGAACACUCCCAAACCCAGGGGGCCAACCUCUCAGCGUUCUGCUGGCACCAUGUCCUCACCGAUGACGCUCAAGUCUGAGCUCAACGAGGACUACAACCUUCAGGAAGUGCUCUGGCAAGAUGAUGCCAAAGACAGGAAGAACAACAGCAAAGACAGCAGCGGGAAGCUGCCAGCCGAGAUCUGCGUGGUGAUUGGGGGGCCACGGAGCCCGCAGACCCUUGGGUCCUACAUGUGUGGAAUCUGUGGAAAGAAAUACAAGUACUACAACUGCUUUCAGACUCAUGUGCGGGCUCACCGAGAAACAGAAACGGGAGCAGGAGAGGGGAGUUCCCAAGGAGCAACCAAUAACUUCCGGUAUGCCUGCGACAUCUGUGGGAAGAAGUAUAAAUACUACAGCUGCUUCCAGGAGCACAGGGACCUGCAUGCAGUGGAUGAUCCCUACGACCAGGCUGUCAUUCCAGUGGACGAUCCCAAAGAGGAGGAACCGACGGAACCUUUCCAAAAAAUUGGACCAAAAACUGGGAACUACAUUUGUGAAUUCUGUGGAAAACAGUACAAGUACUUUAACCCUUACCAGGAGCACGUGGCUUUGCACGCACCCAUAAGUUGGUCCAUUGAGAUGCAAGCACCUCGUUCACGGCUACGCCCUGCCAGCAGCAGCAAACGUGGCGCCCCACAAACAGAACACAGCCAAAUAGAAAGUGCUUUUUGCAGGAAAGCCGAAAGCAAAACACAAAACAGCGUGGAGGAAACGAACAGCUCCCAGAAUUCCAGUGGAGGAACCAGCCCCUUGAUUUCCAACCCCUUUCCUCUUCUACAAAAGCCGUACACAUGUGGUGCUUGUGGGAUUCAGUUCCAGUUUUACAACAACCUGCUGGAACACAUGCAGUCCCAUGCAGCGGACAAUGAAAACAGUGUGGUUGUUGAGCAGCUCAAAACAUCUCCGGCCCCUGCUCCAGCUCCAGCCCCUACUCCAGCUCCUGCAUCAGCUCCUGCUCCUGCUCCAGCCCCAGUUACCAGUGAACAGCAAUGGAAAUCCCCACCCCAAAGAAACCACACCACCAACUCCAACGGCACUGUACCAGAGAAAGAACGGCAACAGAUUGCUGAGAGACUACUGAAAGUGAUGUAUGCUGAUCUGGGAGCAGCUAGUGUCCUGAACACAAAGGACUUCAUGAAAUUAGCGCAGACGUUGGUUGACACUGGAGCGAGGUACGGCGCAUUCUCCGUCACAGAUGUUCUGGGUGAUAUGAACAAGCUAGCCUUGAAGCACUUGCCCAGAAUGUAUAACCAGGUGAAGGUAAAGGUGACCUGUGCCCUUGGCAGCAACACCUGUCUGGGGAUUGGCGUCACAUGCCACUCCCAGGUGGUGGGUGCCGACUCCUGCUAUGUGCUCACCGCGUAUCAAGUGGAAGGAAUCCAGAGGAAGCGCUAUGUCCUGGGGGUCAAGGAGGUGGACGUAAAGGAGUGUGGCGAGCAGGUCCAUCACUGGGUGCAGAACGUCCUCUCGGAGUUUGUGAUGUCCGAGAUCCGCACCAUUUACGUGACGGACUGCAAAGUGAGCUUGACCACCUUCUUCAAGGCUGGGAUGUGCCUGGGCUGCUCAGCCUGUGCCUUAAACUGUGUAGUGCAAAGCGCGCUUAGCAAGAGAACUCUGCAGGCCCGCAGCAUGCACGAGGUGAUAGACCUUCUGAACGUGUGCGAGGACAUGGCUGGAUCUGCUGGCUUGUCCAGAGAGACCUUUGGCUCCCUGGAAGAAGCAUCGCCGCCACCUUGCUGGGACUCUGUCACAGAGUCUCUGCUGCUGGUGAACGAACGCUAUGAGCAGAUCUGUGAGUUUUACAGCCGGGCCAAGAAGAUGAGCCACAUCCAGAACCUGAACAAGCAGCUGCUCUGCAACCUGGCGGCUAUCCUGGCCCCAGUAAAGCAGGCAGUGGUGGAGCUGAGCUGCGAACAGAAGCCCACGCUGCAGCUAGUGCUUCCCACCUACGUCAAACUGGAAAAACUCUUCACGGUCAAAGCAAACGACGUCGGUGCUGUAAGCAAGCUCUGCCACUUCUUCCUGGAGGCUCUUAAGGAGAACUUUAAAAUGGAGAGAGCGCACAAAGUAGCUAUGAUUCUGGACCCCCAGCAGAAGCUUAGGCCGGUUCCUGCGUACCAGCAUGAGGAGAUAAUCAGCAAGGUGUGUGAGAUGAUUACAGAAAUCCGAGAGAUGAGCGGAGAGGUCACUGAUAUGGAGCCCAGCACCAAGAAGGCUCGGCUGGCCAGCAGCAGCAGUAAAGCUCAGGGAAGUGAUGAGAAGCAGGUCAAAAAAGAAGUUUACGAAUAUUUGGCAGAACCUCUGUUCCAAGCGACUCCAGAUCUGUUCCAGUACUGGUCGUCAGUCACCCAGAGGUAUCCCAGACUAGCGAGGCUGGCUUUCUGGCUGCUGUCUGUGCCGGCGGUGGGUGCGAGGAGCGAGUCUGUCAGCAUGUGCGAGCAGGCGCUGUCAAUGAAGAGGAGGAGACAGGUGACCCCAGAGGAAAUGAAUAAACUUAUUUUCUUGAAGUCAAACAUGUCUUGAACAGGUCACUAAGAAAAAAUAAUUUUGAAAACUUUAUUUAAGAGGUGCUAAAUCUUAACUAAAGGCCAAGGACAGACACGCCAAUAGAAAUGUUCGACUUGCCCCCGUGCUGGACAUCGUGAGAACAGCCUGCAGCCGCUAGAGCAAACAUGUGGAUAUCUUCUAGAGGAAAUGGCCAUUUGGACAGAGUAUAGUACUGGUCAAAUACUUGGUAGGGUCACGGCUGCUAUCCUGUUUUAUAAAUCACAAGAAAACAGCAUCCACACAUCCUGAAAUAUUUGAAACACUGAUAUAUUUAGAUUAAGUUGGCCAGCAUUCCCCUGGUGUGUCUCAUCUUCUCCCAAACAGUUUGCUGACAUGUUUUUAUUUUAUUCUUUUAAUAUUUCAUAGUAUUUUAGAACAGCAGUAUUGUGUAGAAGGUCAUUCAAUACUAUUUUUGAGAACAAAGCUUGUUAUAAUGGUUUAUAUGUAAAGCCACAUAUAUUUAACCAUUUCAUUCAAGUUGAUAGCAUUUUAAUAAAAAAUGGGUUUAGAUGCAAACAGAGGAGUGUAAAUUCAACCUAAACUAGCUUUACUAACUAAACCUGCUUGUGUCACGAUAUCUGCUACUUGUAUAUAGAUAACAAAUCAGCCAAAUACUUGUUUAACACACACAGUAGCUAUCUAUCUAACAAAGGCAAACUCGCUGCAGUGUAGAGUAUAAAUACAGAUUGCAUUAAUCCGUAAGCAAUAUUCAAAUUAAAAUAAGUUGCCUAUUGUUGAAACAUUUACACAUACAGGCACCACGUGUCACAGCAGCAUUCGAACUUGCCCUUGUGUAAGUUUUUGUUUUCUUUUAAAUAUCAUUGUAUGUUUGGGUGUUGCUGCAAGUGCUACAUCAGUAUUGAUAGCAGCCCUGCUCAAAGUAAGCAGGAAAGCAGCGUUGGUAUAUAAUGCAUUGUAUAUAAAACUAUUUUUGUGAGGGAAACAGAACAUAUUGGAUGUCAGACACUGAAUGUAUAGGAGGGUAAGCAUCUCCAUGCUGUGUGAAUACUGUAGAGUGUAGAGUACUGUGUCUCUAAACUACCAGAGAACACUCAUUAAUACAGCUGCUCCCUCACCGCAAAGAAAAAAGAUUUUAUUUUUAUUCUUAAAAGGGUGGUGGAUGUUUUAUGUCCCAGAGGGUUACAAUUUCAAAAACAAAGGAAAUUUCAACACCAUUUUUUUUUUUCCUUCUAGUUUACAAGGGGGCUGAAAAUCAGAGUGAAGGGGAUUAUAUACUGUGUAGACCUACCCCGGACACCCAGACUGGCACUGUGC